CGGACUUAUGUAGUCGCUGCCCAGUCGCCCAUCGUCUCCUCCCACGAAAAAAGCCUUCUCUUGGGCUCGUUUCGGUCGCUUGCAGAGAGCAGGAAGAAUGGGCCUUUUGGAACACGUAUCUGAGCUUUGCUCCGUCUCCAGAAGUCGCAAAAAGCUCAAGAAGAACAAGCAGUUGCAGACGGUAGAGUUGAAGGUGAGAAUGGACUGCGAAGGGUGCGAGAGGAGGGUCAGGAAAGCCGUGGAAGGCAUGAAAGGAGUGAGCAGCGUAGAGAUCGAGCCGAAGCAGAAAAAGGUCACGGUGAUAGGGUUCGUGGACCCGAAGAAAGUAAUAAAGAGGGUGGAGUGGAAGACGGGGAAGAAGGCGGAGCCGUGGCCGUACGUGCCGUACGACGUCGUGCCCCACCCCUACGCGCCGGGGGCCUAUGACAAGAAGGCGCCGCCCGGGUACGUGCGGAACGUGUUGGACGACCCCGACGCGGCGCCGCUCGCCCGCGCAAGCUCCACGGAGGUGAAGUACACGACGGCGUUCAGCGACGACAACCCCAACUCCUGUACUAUUAUGUGAAGUCUCUGCUACUCCCAAUGGAAGAAGAGGGGGAGAGAAUUUGUAGAAUGCUUCCGUUUGUACGCAUGUAGAUAUUGGGUAGAGAUGUGUCUGAGGAUUGUCCGGUGUUUGUUGAAUGAAUGUAUUUGGGUGUUGUUAAUAUUGAGUUUAAAUUGGAUGAGUAUUUGGAGGAACA